ACGCGCCGCUGCCGUGUCCACUGACACCACAUGAGGCCUAUCCAAAGUCUCUCAGAGAACGUCCCUACCGUCUUUUCAAGGUAAGAGACAGCAUCUAAUGGCCAAACCACUACAGUCUACUCACAUACCUGGAGGGAACGUUCCCCUUGAGGAGGGGAGCGUACAGGCCAAGUCAGUUCUUGCCUUCACUCCCGAACCACACAGCGUGUUCCCACGGCCACCAGCCAAAAUGGCGGUGCCCAGCUGCCGCCUCGCGCAAGGCGUGUGGCGCAGUGCGCGCGCGCGAGAGGGCGCGCGAGGCGGAGCCCGGGAGUAUAUUUUCAAAAUGACCACACCAAACAAGACACCUCCUGGUGCUGACCCUAAGCAGUUGGAAAGGACUGGGACAGUACGGGAAAUUGGAUCACAAGCUGUUUGGUCACUUUCAUCUUGUAAACCAGGAUUUGGAGUGGAUCAGUUACGAGAUGACAAUCUAGAAACUUACUGGCAAUCAGAUGGUUCCCAGCCUCAUUUAGUGAACAUCCAGUUCAGAAGAAAAACAACAGUGAAGACAUUAUGCAUAUAUGCAGACUACAAAUCGGAUGAAAGUUAUACACCAAGCAAAAUCUCGGUCAGAGUAGGAAAUAAUUUUCACAACCUUCAAGAAAUUCGGCAACUUGAAUUGGUGGAACCAAGUGGCUGGAUUCAUGUUCCCUUAACUGAUAAUCAUAAGAAGCCAACUCGAACAUUUAUGAUACAAAUUGCUGUUCUAGCCAAUCACCAAAAUGGAAGAGACACCCACAUGAGACAAAUUAAAAUAUACACACCAGUGGAAGAGAGCUCCAUUGGCAAAUUUCCUAGGUGCACAACUAUAGAUUUCAUGAUGUAUCGUUCAAUAAGGUGACUUUAAAGCAGAACAAAAGACAUUAAACCUAUGUUGUCAUUAAAUACUAUAUCUGAUAUCUUUAUUGAGAAAAAAUUAGUCAUUUUACAGUUUUGUAUGCAUUUAAGAGUAGUUUAUUGUAUCUUGAAUAAAUAAAAUGAAUUUUGGGUCAUAAUGUCUGUUUUCCUUAACAUUUGUUAAAGCUCACAUAUUUUUCAUUACU